AGCCGCCGCGUCUGCCGAGCCGGUGCUCGGCGGGCAGGAUGAGAGGCAGCACCGGGAGCCACGUCGUGACCAUCGAGGAGCCCAAGACCAGCUUUCAAGGACUUCAGGAGUCAUGUGGCGAGAGGUCGCUGGCCAGGGGUUUGAUGUCCACCAAUCGGACAUACGAUUUCCUGUACGAUCCAUUAUUUAUUGUGUCAAGUGAGCGAGACCAUGCACAAGCAAAUAUUCAAGCCACCCUGGUUCGAAGCAGACUGAGGAAGGUCCCGAGCUUCAGCUCCAUGUUCAGCAGCCUGGUGCAUUGUCCGAGGUAUUCUCUGUAUUGGAGCAAGUCGGAUCCCGUCCCGCCAUUCUUCCGUCGACAAUGGAAGGGACAAGCCGAGAGAGCCCGAGAAGCCCCCCGGCAGCUUGCUGUAACAGAUGCUUCUUUCCAGAUGACUGAAGAAGUUUACCAAGAUCCUGACGUUACUGGAAGGAAUCGUUAUAAGUUCUUUGACAGGCCCGUUCUUCCAUUUCAACAGAUGAUAUUCAAUGUUGUUUAUGCAAGAUCCAAGGUAGAACCAUUUAUUUUCUCUCCUGCUUCGACAAAGCGUGCAAGCAUUCCUACCAAGUCUAACGUGGGCACUCAGACUGACUACCGGGAUGCUGAUGUUCAAACAGACCCGUACUCUCCGGAGUACGUGGUCUGUCAGGACACCGUUCCUGAGCUCUUGACCCUGGCCACACUGACUUGGGGCCGCGGCCUCCCCGCAGGACAGGCCGAGGUGGAGAUGAUAGAGCGGGCCCGGGAGAAGCGCAGCUGGGAAGCUACUCUGCCCCAGCUGAGCGACACGGCCCAGUUUGAGAAGAGGAGGAAGAUGAUGGAUGCCAUGGAGAGGAAGGAGUGGGCCUUCCGAGAGCAGGAGAUCGAGAAACUGCAGGAGCUACGCCUGGAGGUGUUGAAGGAGCUGUUGAAGAAGCGCGAAGAGAACCAAACUGAGCUGGACAUGAAGCACUUGAACGCCCAGUGGUGUAGACUGCAGGAAGCCAAGGAGGCGAAAGUGGCCUAUAUCCAGCGCAAACACGUAUCAGCAAUGAGAAAGAUUAUGAGGCAGGGGAAGAACAUAGAGGGGAAGCUGGAGAGAAGAGAUAUCAUCAAGGACUACUCUGACUAUGCGUCUCAGGUCUACGGACCGCUCGCUCGCCUUGGUCGCUUCCCAGACAACGCUGAGGACUUUGUGGUCAAGAACCGCUAUCUCAACACCUACGAAGGAUUAGUGGAACUCGAGUCAUGUCUCCCCGAUUUUGUGACACAACCGAGAAUCAAGCCUCCCAAACCAAAAGUCAUGACCACCAAAGCUGGUUUUCUGAAGAGGGAAGCAAGGAUGGACUACGAAUUGGCAGAGGUCCAUAAGGUUCUGCUGGACAGGAAGAAUAAGGUUCCAGAGCCAAAGAAACCCCUGCGUUUCCUUCAGAGCAAGCCGCUCCCGCAGGCCCGAAUUCCAACUCCAACCUUGGAAAUGAGCUCCUAUGAGGAAGGAGAAAUAGAAAUGGCCGUGACCUACUUGCAAAAAUUAAUACGGGGCAGAGCCGUGCAGAAUAUGAUGUUUGAAGGGAAGGAGAAGCGACUGGAGUUGAUCCAGGAGCUGCGCACCAGCCACGCGCUGCAGGAAGACGAUAAGCUGGUGAAGAAAGCAGAGAAGCAAGUGACGCUGGCCCUGCAGAGGCAGAGGAACUUGCACGAGCACAAGGUGUCACUGAUAGAAGGCCAUUUGGCUGGAGUGGAAGGAAAGGCGCUGGCGGACAUGUUUGACUUCCUGUCCAAAGAGCUGGUGAGGCUGCAGGAGGAGAGGAGGGUCCACGCCUUCGCCAUGCUGGCCGAGCGCCAGCGGCGCAUGCGGGAGGCCGAAGAGAGCGGGCGGCGCCAGGUGGAGCAAAGGCGCUUGCGACAGGAGGACCAGAUAUUUAAGGAGGUUGUUAAAAUUCACCAAAGUACUGUGACCUCCUAUCUGGAAGACAUAAUACUGAGCACAGAAGAGAGUACUGCAGAAGAACAAGCCAGAGAGGAAAUCGAGAGGAUUGCCGAGGAAAUCAACGACAUCGCUUACGAGAUGGAAAGCCGUCGAACAUAUCUUCAGUCAGAGGAGAUUGUUGCCGAGUUGGUUUAUAGUUUUCUGAUUCCAGAGGUGCAAAAAGACUUUGUCAAAACAAAAGUGAGGAACGCCCAGCAGAAGCACAUUCUUGCUGCGCACCAGGUCAUCCACAGCCACACGGAAACCAUGGUCCAGCAGAACGCCAGCGAGUACCAGCAGAGUGAGGUCCCUGGCCCCAACGGCUCACCCCCAGAAGAAGCCCCCCAUCAGGAAAACAGCUAGGGGGAGCUUGACUUCCACCCACAAGGAAACGGAAGAGGAAAAUCGCCAUUUAACUCCGCGUGAACGGAUUGCCAGUUGCUUAAAAGAAGGAAGCAUUUCCAUUGAAAUCGGCAUACUUCAUCCAGGGCCGGCGGGCAGAGCUGGAGUUAGCUGGUUUUAUAGCAGAUGGGUUUUGUGGUCUAGAAAACGGAUCUGGGUUAUUUUGUGAGUCCUUUUUCUAAAAAUUUAAAAUUUUUUUUUAGCAGGUAACUGUACUCUGUCACAAAUAAAAUGUCACAGACUGCAUGAGCAUUGUUUUAAGGGCGUGUUCUCACAGCGGUGGAGGCGGUGGGCUGGGGUCAUUGCGCUAGCCGCAAGCCCAGCCCGCAGCCCAGAGCCGCCCACUUCCGCCUCGGCCUUGGUUGCAGGGCCCAGCAAGGGGCGGCGCGAGGCUCAGGCCUACACUCAUGUUCACAGAGCACACUCCAUAUUCGGCACCAAUCUGCUCAGCAAGAUGUAAGAUGGGGGCAUAAUUUCCAGUUGCUUCUUCCUGCAGAAGCUGUUGCCACACCAUACAGGGCACAGAGCUGUUUUCUCUACCCCUUCCCCACUACAGCACUCAGGUGCAGCAAAAAGACAUUUAUAUAGGAUGGGUACAACCCGAGGGUUUAUGACCCUCCCAUCCCAGGGGCCAGAAUCUUACAAUAAUAAUCCCAUCGAUAUAGCUACCUGGAGGCCCACAGUGGAUUUGCCCAGUUCCAAAAGUGAGCGCACUAAGGAACAUCCAAAGCUGUAAUUUCCUGUUGGCCACUAUUUAGUGCAUUCAUAUUUCUCUCCAGUCCACAUGCACUUUACCAGCCAGGGGUCAUUCUUACCUGGAGCAGUUGAAGUUGCUUGGUAACGUAGUUGACACACACCACAUUUCCCAGGUUACCAGGAGAACAGAGUCAACUAAGAAGGGACAUGAACCCUCUCCCUGUCUUGGAGGAGGGUCACGUUCUCCCCGAGUGUUCUUACCCCAGGAGAACAUCUGUCUUGCCAUUGAGAGGCUCUGCCUCUAACAGUAUAGACCCUUAGACAUAAUUUCUCUUCCUUUGCGGGAGCUCUGUUGGAAUCUCAAUCUUCAAUCAAAGUUGGAGAUUGUGAAAGGAAGGUCAAUAUAAGGUAAAGAGGAGAACUAAAGACUUGAGAGAAAACAGGCACACAAAUUUUCAAUGUCAAAUUGUGGCUGUACAUUACAGCAGAAAAUCUUUCAUCUUUCAUUAAUAAUGAAGCAACCAAGCUGGGUUGUAGUGGCAUAAUCCUGUCCCAAGUUCUUGAUGAGGCUGAUCCCAGGAAUUUGAGACCAGCCAGGGCAAUAUAGUGAGGCCCUGACUUAACCACAAAAAUAAUGAAGUGACCUUUGAAAUCAUUGUAUAAACCACAUGUUUACAUGCAAUACCAUCUAUUACUGUAAAACAUAAAUUUGUGAUAAAAGUAAGCAUAGAGUUGUAAUGCCAUUUUCUGACAUGCAAAUUGAAUAAAAUUAGUAAUUUAUACAGUUUGAA